AUUAAACCUGGUUUUAAUCCAUGGCAAACUAAAUACUGUGUCUGAGCUGGAUGUUCACCUCCGAAUGAGAGGGAAGGAGCUGGAGUGGAGUGUACUGGACCAUGUAAUGUGGCAGAGGUGUUCCAAUGGAAGGGACAGGAGUGAUGGCAGGACAGGAGAAGCCACAGAGGCGGGUGAGGUUCCGGGUGGCUUCAGGGAACAGCGGCCGAGUGUUAAAGGAGAUGUUCAAGGAUGAGGGGCCCUCAGACUCCCUGGAUUCAGACUGCACUAGCAUCUCAGAUGCCGAGCGGGCCAGCACUCCUUCUACGACUGGAGAGAUUCAUGGAAACUUGUAUGGAUACCUGGGCUCAGAGCUGGACGACAGUGAGAGUGAACCCGAUGAGCUGCUCAUGUACGCAGGCGCCACCAAGGACUGGAUGUUCACAACCAAGAGAGUCAACAUUAUCAGCAACAAUGGGACGGUUCGAGGGGUCAAGCAUAAAGUCAGCGCAGGUCAGGCGCUCUUUGAGAAUCUUCCUAAUGGUAUGCAUUUACCACUUGAGUUUGGACGUAUAGUGAUCUACACCACAAGUUUUCGUGUGGUGAGGACAACUUUUGAGCGCUGUGAGCUGGUCAGGAAGAUCUUCCAGAACCACAGGGUGAAGUUUGUGGAGAAGAACAUCGCCCUGGACAGCGAGUAUGGGAAGGAGCUGGAGGAGAUGUGCAGACGUGUGGGUGAAGCUCCCUCACUGCCAGUCGUGUUCAUUGAUAGACACUACCUUGGGGGUGCUGAGAAAAUACUUGGCAUGAACGAAUCAGGGGAGCUGCAAGAUCUACUGACAAAAAUCGAGAGGGUUCAGCAUCCCCAGACGUGCCAGACCUGCGGAGGCUUCGCCUUCAUCCCGUGCUCAAUGUGCCAUGGCAGCAAGAUGUCCGUGUUUCGCAACUGCUUCACGGACUCCUUCAAAGCCCUAAAGUGCACUUCCUGCAAUGAGAACGGGCUGCAGGCCUGUGCAAGCUGCAGCCAGUGAGGAUGCUGUGUGCCUGGACCAAACAUCCCACUUCAGGAUAAAAAACAGGAACCUGAAAUGGACUGCAACAUGAGCCGUGAAACACACCACAGCAGGUAUCCUUCUCCAUGGCCAUUAUCAUGAUGAAAACUGGAAUUUCUAAUAAAAUCUGUAAACUUUC